AUGGCUGAACAUGGAAACAUUCAGAAUCUUCUUCAAAAUGACGUGCUUAACCGGACUUCCUUUCAUUUCCAACCUCAGAGAAAUUGGCUCAACGCUCCAAUGUAUUACAAAGGAUUCUACCAUUUAUUCUACCAGCACAACCCUUUGGCUCCUGGUUUCAGUAAAAUAAUGAUAUGGGGACACUCUGUUUCACAAGAUAUGGUCAACUGGAUCCAACUCGAACCAGCCCUUUACCCCACUGAGCCAUUUGACAUCAACAGCUGCUGGUCCGGUUCCGCCACGAUCCUCCCUGAUGGAAAACCUGUGAUUUUGUACACCGGGCUCGACGACAACAACAAACAGCAAGUCACAGUUGUUGCCGAACCUAAGGACGUUUCCGACCCUUUGCUUCGUGAGUGGGUAAAGCCAAAGUACAAUCCUGUGAUGGUUCCGCCAAACAACGUCCCUUUUGAUUGUUUCCGUGACCCUACGACCGCGUGGCAAGGGCAAGAUGGGAAAUGGAGAGUUCUCAUAGGAGCUAAAGAGAAAGAUAGCGAAAAAGGAAUGGCGAUUUUGUACCGAAGCGAUGAUUUUAUCCAAUGGACAAAGUUUCCGGUUCCUUUACUUGAGUCACAAGCCACCGGAAUGUGGGAAUGCCCUGAUUUUUUCCCCGUUUCCAUCACCGGUAAAGAAGGUGUAGAGACUUCAGUGAACAAUGCUAAUGUGAGGCAUGUCUUGAAGGCGAGUUUUGGAGGCAAUGAUUGCUAUGUCAUUGGCAAAUACUCUUCCGAGACUGAAGAAUUUUCCGCGGAUUCUGACUUCACUAAGACAAAUGCCGAUUUGAGAUAUGAUUAUGGAACGUUUUACGCCUCUAAGGCGUUUUUCGAUAGCGUUAAGGAUCGGAGGAUCAAUUGGGGAUGGGUUAUAGAGACUGAUACCAAGGACGAUGAUUUUCAGAAAGGAUGGGCUGGCCUAAUGUCUCUUCCUAGGGAAAUUUGGCUGGACACAAGUGGAAAGAAGCUGAUACAAUGGCCAAUCGAAGAAAUCAACAAUCUCCGAACCAAACAUGUUACUUUUGAUAGCAGGCAGUUCGAAAGCGGCUCGAGAUUUGAAAUCUCUGGCCUUACUGCUGCACAAGCCGACGUAGAAGUGACUUUUGAUCUGCCUGCUCUGGAAGAUAAUUCUCACUUACUGGAUUCGGACCAAGCUAGUGAUGCGGUUUUGUUCGAUCGUGAAAGCUCGGUCGGAUGUGUUUACGGGCCAUUUGGGUUGCUAGCAUUGGCAAGCAAUGAUUUAUCGGAACAAACCGCAAUCUUCUUCAAAAUUAUUCGUCGCGGAAAUGGAUAUUCCGUUAUAAUGGGCAGCGAUGAGAAGAAGUCUUCGAUGAGAGACAACAUAAAGAAAUCUGCGCAUGGAACAUUCCUAGACAUCGAUCCAAGACAUGAGAAGAUCUCAUUAAGAUGUUUGAUUGAUCACUCGAUUAUAGAGAGCUAUGGAGCAGGAGGAAGAAGUGUGAUAACGUCUAGGGUUUAUCCCAAAUUGGCAAUUGGUGAAGCAGCUAAGCUUUAUGUGUUCAAUGAAGGAGCAAGAAGUGUGACCAUGUCGUCUCUGGAAGCAUGGAGCAUGAGAAAUGCCGAAAUCAAUUCAAACACAAUUUGA